CAUCUCAACGAUCAUGGCGAUCUUAGCGUUGACGGAGUUCGCUGGAAAGCCGCUCAACCUUGGCCUUUUAUCACUUGGGAUACUCUUUACAGGACUGCUAUGGCGCAUCUUCUACAUGCAAAAGCUCCAUCCCCUUGCGAAGUUUCAUGGGCCAUGGUAUGCAACUUCAUUCUCUAUCGUAGGUGCCAUGAUCUCGGUUCUUCGCAAGGAACCUGAGUGGAUUGCGCAUCUUGAGAAAGUGUACGGAACGGAGCAACCUAUUCGCGUAUCUCCUUAUUUGCUCCUCUUCUGUAGGCCAUCUGCCUUGAAAGACAUUUACCGAGACAACCAGUUGAAUCGCAAGGGUGGAAUCUAUCAAUCCGGAGCUCUAGGCCCCCCGAACCUGGUCACGAUUGCAGAUGGUGAAGAACACCGAGCAUUGCGAAAAGCUUUGUCAAACGGUCCGUGGACUAUUGGUCCGCUGAAGAACGCAUGGGAGUCGCGCUUCGACGAACUCGUUACACUCUUCAUCACCAAGCUCCAUGAACAUGCCGAGGCCAAACGCACUAUAUGUUUAUCCGACAAAAUGACCGAGUUUGCAGUUGAUAUUCUCAGCAUGAUAUCAUUCUCUGAGCCCUUUGGCAGCGUCAAAAACCAGCGCGAUGAGAGAGAAUUCAUUAGAAACUUUCGCAAGGGUCUUCCCAUGUUAGGUUUGGGAAGAACCAGGUUUCUCAGAGAACACAUAAUGUCUCUUCCUCUUAUGGCGAAACUGUUUCUUCCAUCUACCACUGACGAGGCAGGAAUGGGCUGGCUCAUGGGCGAAGCAGAGAGGCAGAUAGCUGCUCGUGAGAAGCUGAUUGCCGAGGAGAAAUUUCAGGGGAAGCCGGACUUCUUGCAACACUGCCUGGAAGCUCGCUUCUCGAAUGGUUCUCCAUUGGCCCCUGUCCAGAAGCUCAGUCAGGUCACACUGCUUAUUCUAGCUGGAGCUGACACAACGGGUACGGCAAUGGGUGUAACCCUUCAGUACAUGCUCAGCAACCCUUCGGUCCUAGCACGAGCACGAGAGGAGAUGGAAGCGGCUGAUUCAAAGGGCCUUCUUUCCACGCCAAUCCGUUACGACGAGAUGAAACAGCAUCUCCCGUACUUCGGGGCAUGCAUCAAGGAGAGUUUUCGUCUUGGGCCUCCAGCGGUAAACCUAUUUGCCAGAGAAGUUCCAGAGGGUGGAAAAGUCAUUGACGGCCACUUUGUACCUGGCGGCGUUGAGGUUACAUGUUACGCAUAUACGAUUCAUCGAAACAAAGAAUUCUACGGAGAAGACGCCGAUGAAUUUAAACCAGAGAGAUGGCUAGAGAGCCAGCAAAGAAAUUUCGAAAUGGAGGCGGUUAACUUCACAUUCGGUAUUGGACCACGGGUUUGCCUGGGUAAAGACGUGGCAAUACUGGAGUCUCACAAAUUGCUGCCAGAGAUUAUCCGCCGGUUCGACUUUGACAUCAAGCAGCUCGGUAAAUAUCAGGCUGUUGGCGGUGUAGCCAGUCUUCAAGGCCUGAUGGUGAAACCGAAGUCCAGGGCGUAGAAGCUAGCAGGGUUGCAAACAAGCCUUUCACUGUUGUUUCCAUAGCGGUUCCUUGCAGACGUACGGUUAUGGUGUUGGGCCAGAUAACAACGGGUAAAGAGGUUAAAAGCCAGGGCUAAAGCUUUGCCCUUUCCCCGC